AUGUUUAAAUCUCUGAAGUUUUCUCUAGGAACACAAGAUUUUAACUAAACCAUUACAAAGUCCAUCUCCACGCAAGGUGCACAAUAAACAAAUGUGGUCGAAUAGUUGUUCAAGUAUAGUUGGACAAAAAGUUGUUUCGAAUAUCGACUAUACCGCUCUUGCAAACACUGAUGGUGCUCCAGUGAAGACUAUUCCUUACAUCGAUAUUGCGAUGAAAGUGUUCUUCUAUUUUGUAGUCUUCUUAGUAGACAUGAUAGGAAACUCGGUUGUUAUAUUUACCAUCUAUGCCAACAAACGCAUGCGCACCACCGCCAACAUUCUUAUUAUAAAUCUAGCAGUAUCCGAUCUUUUGGUCGGAUGCUUCUGUAUGUGGGUUCAUCUUGGAAAUCAGAUAAGUCACAAUUGGCCAUUUGGAUCUUUUCUUUGUAAAUUUGAAACAUUUGUACAAGUUGUAGCUGUUGUUUCCAGUGUAUUGACCCUUACCUUUUUGUCCAUCGAAAGAUUCUUUGCAGUUCUGUUUCCACUUAAAGGCACUUUUUCAACAAAAUUGUUAGCCUCUCUAGUAGCAUUCUCCUGGAUUGCAGCAGUAGGAACCAGUAUUCCUAAUUUAGAAGUCAGGCAAGAACUUGAAAUUAGAUGGCGAAAUCGCGUGGACAUUUGGUGUGACGAGAUUUGGCCGAGAUUUUAUACUGAUACGAAAUGUACCUCUGAUCAACCAGGUCGCCGAGCUUAUUAUGUCUUCUUGUCUGUGUUCAUGUACUUUAUUCCUGUUCUUGUGAUGCUGGUAGCGUAUGGAUUAAUUGGAAUCAAACUCUAUCUCCGACGAAUACCGGGAUAUGAAGGGAAUACUAAUAUCGGAGCACACUGUAAUGCCAGGAGAAAGGCCCUUAGAAUGUUCUUUAUAGUGAUUACGGUGUUUGUCGUUUGCUGGACGCCACAACAGGCCCUUAUUCUAUACAUGGUGUACAGAAACGAGAGACUGAAGGUGCCCUCUUUUCUGAAGGACUUGCAAUAUGUAGCAGUGUUUAUCGCCUAUAGUAACAGUGCUGUAAACCCGGUUAUCUACGCCGGUAUGAGUGGGAAGUUCAGAAAAGGAUUCCAGGACGCACUCCAUAUUUGGAGCAAAAGAAACAGAAUCCAGCCGGUUACAAACCACAAACAGUCUACGGCUGUUGAAGUAUCCUUGAAGGAGAGAGAACAUCAUUUCAGUGAGAAGAAGUGA